AUGGUCACAGGAAAUGCAGACUUUCGUUAUCCGCCGCCCCCUGCUGGCGCGCAUGAUAUCCCUAGCCGGCGCAGAAUCCCGAACCCACCCCGCCUGGAUCCUCUGAGAUUGAAUCCUCCCUUCCCACGACCGGCGACGGCGGACGGCCCUCGGCCGCCCCUUUCCCCUCACCACCCUCCUCCUGUGCCUCGUUCCCCCCGGAUUCGCCCACCAAUCCCACCGCCGUCCGAUCCCUCAUGGCGCUCCGUCUCCCCCUUGCCUGUGGAGGAUGACGACUUUGUCAUUCGCCAACAGGCCUACCGCUCCCCCACAUUUCCUCUGCAGCCGCCUGUUCGGUCCAGGGCCGCCCCCCGAGAAGGGGAGGUUGAUCGUCCACCUUACCGGAAGUCCCCGCCUGCUCCGCCAGCGUUGCGCACGUCCAAUUCUACGUCGAAACUACAUAGCAUGCGUCCGCAGCUGCACCCUCAUCGAAAUCGAGAACGCCUGCCAGACGAAUCCGCCGCCCUUAGAUUGCCCCGAAUCAUCCCGCCUGGGACAUACGCCGAGAUGCGCGGGCAAGAUGCUCUCCGAUCCAGCGUGAACUCGGCCAUGACCUCGCGGUCGAGCAUUGAACAUGCCAGCGGAACCGAGCGGAGCAGUGUCCUGACCAAAAGUAGCUCUAUUACCGAUCUGUCGCCCGAUACACCCGAUGGCUCCUAUGACAAGGAGGGUGGCAUGAGUGUGGAAGAUGCAAUUUCAAUGUACCUGGAUGGCUUCAGCGAUGUCACCGAAGAGCCAGGAUCGCCCGGGGUGUAUGAUUCUUCAGGGUUCUACGAUGAGAGCAAGGCUCGACCAUUGAGCCCACGUCCACCCACGGAGAUCACCCUCGAUGAUUGUCAUAGCUCGGAUGAGCAUUCUCCUGAACUGGAACCCACAGAAGAUGUUCCGCCUGUUCCGCCCUUUCCCGAGUUAGAGCCUCACGGAAGGAGCUCACCGGAUGAAGAAUUCUUGGGCGAGACAGCUUCCCACGACCAGUCGCCGAGCCCCCCUUCGGAACGCAAGUUUUUGGAUCCGCCUGUUGCACGAGAGCCGGAGACCACAGUCAUCAUUCCUGGCAUCGUGCCGCCACCGUUACUACCCGGCAAUGGGGCCCGCGACUGUUAUGGCUUCCGCAAGGCAACCCACCACGUUACCCUCGUCCAGUAUGAAGCAUGGCAUGCCCAGUACAAGGAUUACACUUCUCAGCGAAGAAUCAAAUGGGUGGAGCUGCUUCGGGAGAAUCGGCUUCCUAUCAACGAACCGACGACGUUUCCCCCCAAAUCGAACAAGGUCAAACGGUUUGUGCGCAAGGGCAUCCCAUCCGAGUACCGCGGUGCAGCAUGGUUUUUCUAUGCGGGAGGCUACGAGCAUCUGAAUCGGAACCCUGGCCUCUAUGACCAGCUGGUUCGACAGUCCAUGGAGUCGCCUAGCAAUGACGACAAGGAACACAUCGAACGCGAUCUGCAUCGAACCUUCCCGGACAAUAUCCACUUCAAGCCGGAGAACGUUGACUCGGCCGCUAGCUCUGGUAGCAGCAACCCGAGACACGGGUCUGUCACGGUUGAAACGGAAAUGAUCCAGUCUCUGCGGCGCGUCCUGUAUGCUUUUGCUCUUCACAACCCGCAGAUUGGCUACACCCAGUCGUUGAACUUCAUCACCGGAAUGCUGCUUCUGUUUCUUCCGGAAGAGAAGACGUUCUGGAUGCUGCACAUCAUCAGUUCCGUCUAUCUCCCCAGCACGCAUGAAAUCAGUCUCGAGGGCGCCAAUAUCGACCUGUGGAUUCUGAUGGUGCUGCUGAAAGAAUCGGCGCCCAACAUCUACAACAAGAUCGCCGGGAGUGGACCUGGGGCGGGGAGCGGGAAGGUGCCAGCCCUCACGGUCAGCUCGCGUCUGCCCGACAUCACCCUGGGGCUGACCAACUGGCUCAUGUCCGUCUUUAUCGGCACCCUGCCGCUGGAGACCACGCUCCGGGUCUGGGAUGUGUUCUUUUACGAAGGGUCGAAGACGUUUUUCCGGGUGUCGUUGGCGAUUUUCAAGUCGUGCGAGCAGGAUAUCAUGGGGGUGUCGGACCCGAUGGAGGUGUUCCAGGUGGUGCAGACGGUCCCGAAGCGGCUGUUGGAUGCGAAUUCGUUGAUCGAUGAUUGCUUUGUCCGGCGACAUCGGGUCGGACAAGGGCGGAUCGAGGAGUUACGCGCGGCACGCCGGACGGCAGUGCGCCAAGAGAACAUGCGUCGGUCGCGCGCGAUGAACAUGGGCCAGCUCCAGGCGGCGACGGACGACUGGGCGCAUGGACGAUCGCGAACGCCGACUCAUGGGAUCGAGCGCAGUAUCGCGGAUUCCUGGCGGCACAUGAAGCGGAGGGCGUUGAGGUUGCCCAGGCGGGCAUGCUAUGUAUUUAUUGAUACCCAGAUUAGCUUGAUUCUACACUCUUCGGCUGUUUUUGAUGCAGACGUCACUUGUUUGCUUUUCUGUUGGUUGCAUGCGGCAACCAUGAGCGGUCAAGCAGCCAGCUAUUACAACACCGACCAGCGCUUUGACGGCCCUCCGUCUCAGCAGCAGCAGCAGCAGCAGCAGCAGCAGCAACAGCAGCAGCAACAGCAACAGUAUUACAACAAUGGCUACCCUCCUGCCCCCAACGGAGGAGACUACCGCGGCCCGGAGCCCAAACCACCUCAGCCACCACAAGAACCACCCCCAACCUACAACCAGGCCGUCUACGGCUUCGACGACGCCUUCAAGGUCGAGAAACCGAAAUGGAACGAUCUAUGGGCUGGUCUUCUGCUCAUCGCCGUCUUCCUAGGCUACGCCGCCGUCUCCGGCGUCGUCAUCUACCGGUACAGCAAAUACCACACCCUGAACGGCGGGGGCAUCUACGGCGCGGCGAACGACUUCUCGCUGAACACGAACACGGUGAUCCUACUGGUAUUCGUGCUGGCGGUGGCGCUGGUGCUGUCGUACGCGUACUGGGUCGGGGCGCGCACAUUCCCCAAGCUCUUCAUCUGGGUGACGGGGAUCCUAAAUAUCGUGUUCGCGCUGGCGACGGCGAUCUACUACCUGACGCAGCACCAAUGGGGUGGGGGCAUUGUGUUUCUGAUCUUCGGGGUGUUCGCGAUCGUGUGCUUCAUCAGCUGGAUCCCGCGGAUCCCGUUCACGGCGUUCAUGAUGCAGACGUCCAUCGACGUGUCGCGGCGCUACGGGCACAUGUUCCUGGUGAGCACAGUGGGCGGGCUGGUGGCGGUGGCGUUCGGGGCGUGGUUCUCGGUGACCCUCGUGUCGAUUUACGUCGCGUAUGAGCCCGGCGGGAACGGGGACGGGGUGAACCCUGCGUGUCGCGACGGAGGGGGCGGGUGCAGUCGCGCGCGGGUGAUCGGCUUGGUCGUGUACGUGACGUUCGCGAUGUACUGGUUCAGCGAGUGGCUGAAGAACACGGUGCACACGACGAUCGCGGGGGUGUACGGGUCGUGGUACUUCUGCAGCGGCACGGCGCAGGGGAUGCCGGCGGGCGCGACGCGGGGCGCGCUGCGGCGGGCGACGACCUACUCGUUCGGCAGCAUCAGCUUCGGGAGCUUGAUCAUCGCGCUGAUCAACAUGCUGCGGCAGGCGUGCAGCGUGGCGCAGCGGCACGAGGCGGCGCAGGGCAGUCUCGUCGGCAGCGUGGCCUUCUGGGUCCUCGGGUGUUUUAUCAGCUUGCUGGACUGGCUGGUCACCUUCUUCAACCGCUACGCCUUCUGCCACAUCGCGCUGUACGGCAAGGCGUACCUCCCCGCGGCGCGCGACACCUGGACCAUGAUGAAGGACCGCGGCGUCGACGCCCUGGCCGCCGACUGUCUGGUCGGGCCCGUGCUGACCAUGGGGUCGGUCUUCGUGAGCUACGUGUGCGCCCUCCUCGCCUACCUGUAUCUGCGGUACACCCAGCCGGCCUACAACCAGGACGGGGACUUCACGGCGGUGAUCAUGGCGUUUGCGUUUGUGAUCGGGCUGCAGAUCUGCCAGAUCUUCAUGACGCCGAUGAGCAGCGGCAUCGAGACCAUCUUUGCCGCCAUGGCGUGGGAUCCCCAGGUCAUGAUCGAGCAGCAUCCGGAUCUGUAUCAGCGGUUGGUGCAGUUGUAUCCGCGGGUGCAGCAGGCGAUUCAUGCGUAG